AUGAUUACAAGCUCAAUCGAGAUUGCCGCGCCGCCGGCAAAAGUGCGCGAAAUCUUCCUCAACUUCUCAGCCUACCCAGAAUGGCACACAGAAUGGCUGAAGGAGAUCAAGACCCAGGACGGCAAAGCCCCACAGGAUCUGGCCUCAGGUGACAAGAUCGACGUGAACAUCGAGAGCUUCAAAUUCGUCGCUGAAGUCAAGGAAAACACCGAGACCUUGUUCUCUUGGCAGGGCCCGCCCGUCUUCACGAUUGCUGGUUACCAUAAAUUCCAUAUUGAGCCUGCAAAUGAUGGUGCGUCUACGAUUUUCACGCAGACUGAGGACUUGAAGGGUCUGCUUGCGUUUAUUAUGAGUCCUUCCCUGCUUGGGAAGAAGAUGCGUGCUCAUUUCGAUGAGUUUCAUCGGGAUUUGAAAGCUCGUGCUGAACAGGCUUGA